AUGAUUUUAUCUCCUAACGUCACUGUUCUCUUCCCGGCAUAUGUGCUGGCGGCCGUUCUAAUCGGGUUGGUGGUGAAAGGUAUUUACAAUGUCUUUUUCCACCCGCUUCGCUCAUAUCCUGGACCCUUUUUGGCCCGUGCAACACGUCUGUACCAGAUCUACUGGGAUCUCCAAGGUGUGAUGCACACCAAAACCAAGGAAUUGCACGAUCAGUACGGCGGAACCGUCCGUAUUGCACCGGACGAACUCUCGUACAAUACAGCUCAAGCAUGGAGAGAUAUUUGCGGCCACCGCACCAAAGGUCGAGUUGGCAGCUUUGAAAAAGACCGAUCCUUCUUCAACCAAACAGUCAAUGGCGCCGAUCAUAUCCAGAUAGCUGGCGAUAAUGACCAUCGGCGAAUGCGACGUCUUCAGUCGCAUGCAUUCUCGGAAAAGGCGCUCCGCAGUCAGGAGGACCUGCUACAGAAGUACGCCGAUCUUCUGAUGCAGCAGCUCCACGAGCGGGCAGCCAACCCGACCACGGCCAUCGUGGACAUGGUCAGAUGGUUCAACUUCACCACCUUUGACGUGAUCGGAGACCUCGCUUUCGGUGAGUCUUUUGGGUGUCUGGAAGAAGGUAUCUUGCACAGGUGGAUCACUGGCAUCUUCUCCUUGGUCCGCAGUGGGAACUGGAUCCGAGCGGCUCGGAGGUUCCCUCCGCCGCUGAACUAUCUCGGCAAGAUGUUAAUUCCCCGCCAUCUCCUCGAAGAACGCAAGUAUCAAUUCAUUUUCAGCCGAGAUAAAGUUAAUAGGCGAGUCGAGCAAGACACUGAUCGGAGUGAUUUCAUGUCUUAUAUACUACAGGCGAAUGACGAGAAGGGUAUGAGUAUCGACGAGCUUUACGUAGGAGCCUCAUUCCUGAUUAUCGCUGGAAGUGAAACCACCGCCACACUACUCUCUGGAGCAACCUAUCUGCUAUUAACAAAUCCACCAAUCCUCGAGACACUCAAACAGGAGAUCCGUUCAUCGUUUACCGAUGAGGCAGACAUCAACCUCCAGAAUACAGCCCCACUGACCUAUCUGAACGCCGUGCUAGAGGAAUCACUACGCAUGUAUCCGCCUGUGCCCAGCACCUUCCCGCGCCAGACUCCGUUGUCUGGAGAAAUAAUCUGCGGUCAGUUCGUCAAGGGCGGAACAUCGGUCGGAAUCCACCAAUGGGCCACCUUCCGGUCGGCGGAGAAUUUCCACGACCCGGAUGUGUUUCACCCGGAGCGCUGGUUGGGCGACCCUCGAUUUGCUGCGGAUCAGAAGGACGCGUUUCAACCUUUCUCUCACGGUGCCCGCAACUGCCUUGGAAAAAAUCUGGCAUAUGCCGAGAUGCGUCUUAUCCUCGCCCGGCUGCUGUGGAACUUUGAUCUUGAGCUGCAACCCAAAUGCAAGAAUUGGAUUGCAGAUCAAAAGACGUAUUCCCUGUGGCAAAAGGUUAACUUGGAUGUGAAGCUUGUGCCUGUGAAGAGAUAG